UGGCAUAUCGCAAUGAAUCUGACUGAAGUCGCGGUCUCGUCGUCUCGCGAGACCCACGAAGACCCCGGAAGUGUUCGAUGCGGUCAUGUGAUUUGUGAAUGUUGCUCCUGCACCGUCAGUUUCAAAACAACUAUGACGAGUUAGCUCCCUUUUUCUAUGAAUGUUUCCAAGGAGACUUCCGUUCUUUACUUGAGUCCGCAAGAUGCAGAACGUAAUUAACACGGUUAAAGGAACGGCGCUCGGGGUGGCCGAGUUUCUCACGCCAGUUCUAAAGGAAUCAAAGUUCAAAGAAACUGGAGUCAUCACACCAGAAGAGUUUGUAGCCGCUGGGGAUCACUUAGUUCAUCACUGCCCUACUUGGAAAUGGGCCACUGGGGAAGAAGUUAAAGUAAAGCCAUAUUUGCCCGCGGACAAACAAUUUCUCCUCACACGCAAUGUUCCCUGUCACAAGCGCUGUAAACAGAUGGAGUACUCGGACGAGUUGGAGGCCAUCAUCGAGGAGGACGAUGGAGACGGGGGAUGGGUGGACACUUACCACAAUGCAGGUGUAUUAGGUGUCACAGAUGCUGUACAAGAAAUUUCACUGGACAAUAACAAGGACAAGAAUAUGAAUAGCACAUCUGCAGCAUGCUGCGAUGACGGUGAAGAUGAUGAAGACGAAGAGGCAGCCGAUAUGGAAGAAUACGAGGAAAGCGGUUUACUGGAAACGGAUGAGGCAACCUUGGACACCACUAAAAUGGUGCAAGCCAAAGUGAAAGGCGAGCCCGGGAGUGAAGACGCCAUCCUUCAGACAAGGACAUAUGACCUUUACAUCACAUACGAUAAAUACUACCAGACCCCUCGACUCUGGCUGUUUGGAUAUGAUGAAGACAGGCAGCCUCUGACUGUGGAACACAUGUAUGAGGACAUCAGCCAAGACCACGUGAAGAAGACUGUUACCAUUGAGAACCAUCCACACCUUCCUCCGCCCGCUAUGUGCUCAGUGCACCCAUGCAGACAUGCUGAAGUGAUGAAAAAGAUCAUCGAGACUGUGGCUGAAGGAGGUGGCGAGCUCGGAGUACAUAUGUACCUUCUCAUUUUUCUCAAGUUUGUCCAGGCUGUCAUUCCCACAAUAGAAUACGACUACACAAGACACUUCACAAUGUAAAAAUGUGGUUUAAGAAAAAUCACCUAUUCUGCCUCAAUGUAUUACAAAUGAUCUGGUUUGGUGAUGAUAAUGUUUGUGUCACUCUGAAACACUCUGUGUAGAUGUAAGACACUGUAAGACAAGAUAUGUGCAAGUUAAAUGGAAAUAAGUUUUCAUUGAGGAAGGAUAAAAUCAUACAGUGUUCAAACGUGUGUUUUUUGUUUUUGUCUCAAAGCUGGAAAAGUAAAGCCGUGCACAUUAGUAAAUGUAACUUUUGAUCAAUAACAGAUUGGUGUAAAAUGACUUUCAGCAGCUUUUAUCUACUACUUUCUGAUAAGUUGGGCUUGGCCAGCCACAUCUCUGAUGCUUUUUGGAAACAUACAAAGCCACAUUCCAUCAUUGAGAAGUAGCUCUGAUUUGAUGAAAUUUAUACCCUGCUACUUUGAAUUCCUCAUGGCUCGCCACCAAUUUCUACGGCAACUCUUUGGCUCCUCGAUGUAGCCAAUACUGUAUGCCAAGUUUGCAUCAGCACAACCUAGAAAAUAAAAAAAAAGAUCUUAAAACCAGGAGAAAAAUUGAAGCCAAUGCGAUAAAUUUUUUGGUGCCCUUUUGUGAAACAAAGUCCAACAGAUAACUUGAAACUGACGAAAUAAUACAGAAAAAAGGCAGGCAAGAACAACACACUGGAGCUGAAACAUGCAGCUAGUUUAUUGAACCAUCAUUUUUUACAGGCUAAUCUGAUUAAAAAUUCUCCAGAAACAUUAAAAUGAAGCAAGGGUGGUUUUCUAGUUAUUUUAAUUUUCAGUAGAUUUUCCAUUCUGGAUUUUCCUUUUUUGACAUAAGGGUACCAACAAUUUUGUUGAGCUGGGAAGUCCUAAAGGAAACCAUCAGCUUUGGUGGAAUAUUGCCUGGUUUACCACAGCUUUAUUUUCACCACACAGUUGUGUAUGGCGUAUUGUUUUUAAUGUCACAUUUAAAGAAUGUCACAAUAA